AUGAAGGUGACUAGAGAAGACAGUGGUUCGAGAUAUUUUAGCAAGGUGGCCAGCGAGAAUAGCACGAGAGCGAAAUGCAAAAAAAAAGAGAUAUUUCUUCAUCGUCCGAGGAAAAAGACCAGGCUGAGCUUGUCACUCUUCACAGUCUUCUUCUCGCAGGAUUAUAAAGCUUGGAACUUUUUUGAGGUUGAGAAAAGAAAAGAAAAAGGCGAAAGGAAGCAGACGGCCCACCCAACCCCGAUCUCCAUGGCCGGGGGCGAGCUGAUCCUGGCGCUCCCGGACGACGUGCUGGCCCUGAUCUCCGCCCACCUCCGCCCGCGGGACCUCCUGGCGCUCUCCGCCGCCGACCGCCGCCUCCACGCGGCCCUCUCCGCUGCCGACAAGCCCUGGCUGGCGCAGUGCCGCCGCCUGCUCCCUUCUUCUUCCCCGCCGUCGCACCUCCUCUCAUGGCGCGCCGCCGCCGGGGGCUCCUCUCUUACCGUCUGCCGCUUCCUCCACUCCGCGGCCCCGCUCCGCGGUCUCUGGGCGCAGCAGAACCCGGAGCUGGGCAACCUGGUGGCGGCGCUCCCGGGGUUCCUCUCCCUCGUCGCCAUCCGCGCCAUCCCGCAGGAGCUCUCCCCGCGCCUCCGCUGGGCGCCCGUCUUCGAGCUCCUCGCCGACGCCCAUGGCCGCCCCGCGCUCCUCUUCCUCCACGGCGCCGGAUCCCUCUUCCCCGGCCGCCUCUCCUCCCUCCACCCCAACACCAACGCCCUCCUCCUCGAGGCCCUCGCGCCUUCUCCCUCUUCUUCCUCCUCCAGCUUCUCCCGCCUCUCCUUCGGUAACCGCUGCGGCCUGCUCGAUGCGCUCGUCGCCUCCUGCCGCGUCAAGCUCCCGCCGGACCUCGCCGCGGCGCCGCUCUUCGCGCGCUCCGAUGAGGACCUCCCCUUGCUCGCCGCGCGCCGGGAGGCGAUGCUGCGUCUGCACAAGGAUUCGUCGUCGUCCGGCGGCGGCAUGGUGAGCCGGGCAGAGCUCGAGGCUCUGCUGCUGGAAGCAGCCAAGAAGAUGCCGCCGACGACGAACGGCGAUGCUGCAGGUGAUAAGGUUCCCCUUCGGAGGAGCCUGUCUGCGAUGGCCGGGUUCGUCAGGAAAGGGCUGCUGCAGAUGGUGACGCGCUCUGCGUCGGCCAAUUCAACGGUAGAGUUCGGAGGCAGCAAGCAUCUGGCAUUGGACGAGUUCUUGCGCGCCGGCAAGAGCGUUGGCCUGAGCCUCCGGGGCGCCCAGCUGCGGCUGUCGACCUACCGAGCGUGGCCAAGCAUGCAUGGCAACCGGUUCGCGCUCUACAAGCUGGCGACACAGGCGCCGGUGCCCGGCCGGGAGUAUGCCGGACUGUGGGGAGGCACAUUCGGGUGGCCACCGGGGCGGCCGGAGGAUGACCGCAAACCACGGAAGGCCCUCUUCUUCCUGCUCCUCUCCUACGAGGAAGACAGCGAGAGGAAGCUUAUGCUGAUCGCAACCAAGGUGUUGGAGGGCACACACUAUGUCGUGCAUCCCAAUGGGUCGGCCAUGUUUAUCGCGCGGAUGGGCGAGCCAUCGACAGAGGCAUUUCCAUGGCAGUCCGACGAGGAUUCCCGCCGUGUGGACAUUGCGAGAAGCUUUGCCGGGGAGGGCAUUGCAGCGGGGUAUGGGUUCAGGUACCCUGGCUCAAAGCCCGGGUCACUCUUUGCUCUCCAGGAUGGCCGGCUCGCCUUUGUUUGGAGAGACAACAAGUCUGUACUCACUUUGCAAAGGCUCGACUUGGAGGAGCUGCUGAGGAAAGGGGAGCGUGUGCCCGCGUUGCCGCCGAUACCAAACUUUGCAUACCUCACAAAGUCUCUCUCCAAUGUGUUCUCUGUGACCCAUAACAGUUCCGGCUGCUCAUCUUCUCCCAGGUAAAAGGCUUGGCGAAGGGAUGACAACCUCAUUUAGAGGCAAAGCGAGCGGCCCGUUGCUGGAUCAUGCUGUGUGAUGUUCUUCGUUGGCAGGCUAUGUAGUCUCCAGCGCCUUCUGAUAUGAUGUCUCACUGCCGCCGAGGGGAGAAACGACGCGGCAGUGGUAAAUAUAGUAUCCUCAGGCAAGGGAAUGGCACUUUCCUUGCAAAAAGAAAGAAAGAUAGCAAAUCAAUAUUCUAUACGCAUAUCUGUAUUGCCACUAUUUUUUGUAGUUUCAUGCUUCUGCUUUGAAAAUUGACAACAUUUAACUGGAAUUAGCUACCAUCUGACACCAGCCAGUAUUCUCUGACUUAAGUCACCUGACUUUGUGAGGCUGGCUGGCAUGGCCUGCAAUUUUUUUUUUCAGCGUGUAUACAGAUGGCCUAGCAAAGCUAUAUGAAAGACAAACUACUAGCAUUGCCAUC